AACAGCGAAUUCAACUACUCCGGUAAUUACUGCGCACGUUUUUGCUAGUGUUGCGCACCUGUGUCUUCCUAACAAGCGAACAACCUUAUACAGUUGCACCAGCUGCUUUCCGUAUUACCUGCUCUAAGCAGGAUUUUUUGUAGGAUUUCAAAGUCAGUUUAUGGGGUAAGUUGAAUACUAUUGCAUUUUUUGGACCGCUCUCUUUUAGACACGUUUGUUGCAAUAGUUUCAAUGAAGACGCUGGCAGCUUAAAUGUGAUCCCUGUUUGGGUUUAACUUCGCUUGCAGCAGGACAGUCAGUGGUUCAAGUGUUUGGAGGGUUGUGUGCAAACAGUGAAAAGAAGCUAGUUUUAUUUUGAGCCCAUCCAGCUCAUCUUGGAUAGACUUAAGUUUGGCAAGUGUGUCGGUCAACAGGUGAUUAACCAAGAAAACAUGUCUAGUCAUCGAGGCAGUUUGGCGCCAAAAGUUAGUGAUGAAGGUCCUGACAGGAGGCAUAAAUCAUUAAUAAACGUCCUACUGAAUUCCCACAAUUUAAAUUUGUUCAACAACAAUGAAACGCUUCCUACAUUUCGACGGGACGUUCACAUGCUGGAUGAUCACUACGUUACGAUCGAAUUUAACAGCAAAACUCUGGGACGUCAGUUGCUGUGUGAAUUAUGCACGCACCUGGGUGUGCUAAACUCCUCAUCGUACUUCGGUAUCCGGUACGUGGACAACAACAAUUUCAUGCAAUGGCUGAAUCUGGAUGAGAAGGUAUUAAAGCAAAUUAAGGAUCUAAAAGAACAGAUGCUUUGCCUCCGGAUCAUGUUUUAUCCGCCAAAUCCCCUUAAUGAAUUCAAAGACACCAAGUCCAAGCAUUUGUUUUACCUCCAGUUGCGUCGUGACUUGUACGUUGGUCAUCUGCGGACAAAUUGUACGGCAACUUGUGAACUGGCCGCUUACGCAAUACAAGCUGAGCACGGCCUUGCUUCAAUCCCUGAAGGAUUCGACGUUGUCCACAUUCCUGGUGGAAUGCGUGUCCUUACCAGUAUGCCGAAAGAGAUCGUCUUACAUAUUCAACGCCAGCUGAAAUCUUUACUAAGCCUGCCAAAGUCAGAAGCUAAGGAUGAGUUUAUCCGGCGAGCCAGUGAAGUUGAAACCUACGGAAUGGAACCAUUUCAAGUGAUGGACCAAUUCGAAAAUGGACUGUGCAUCGGAAUGAAUUACGUAGGUUUGUCAGCCUUCAAAAGUGGAUAUCGGACAGACAUUUUUCCUUGGACAAUUAUCCAACAGAUAAAGCAGGUGAAGAAGCAGCUGGUGAUUGUUGUCUCUAGAAACAAGGGCGACGUGAGACUCGGAUUCAAGUGUCACUCAACUGCCGAGGCAAAAAUGCUGUUGAAGAGGGCGACCAGCUGCGCUCGCUUUUCAAGGCAAAUUGGACGAAUGCGAUUGGUUGGCCCUGAAUUAUGCGCGCCAUUUGCCCAGAACGGGGACGAGAGUACAGCAACAUCUCACUGCGUGGUUACUCCCAAAACAAUGACGGACAACUCUUCAGAGGCAUCAUCCGAAGUAUCAUCUUCAGCAUCACAGUCCGACGAAGAACAGGAUUUCCCAAAUGCAUUGCUCAGUAAUCAGAAGCGCAAGGAAGCGUCUCAGCCUGCCUUACAUCGUCUUCACCAAGUACCCAGAUAUAGCAUAGCUACGCCUGCUGCAAACCGAGAAAUUGCAUCCACAGAGCACCUACAGAUUCCGAGAAAAAGUUUGGGGGGCAGUAUGGAUUUAUCCGCAGAGGCAGUCGAAGGAAGUUUAGCACGUCUUAAGCCACAGUCGCCCGCCGUUCUGGUUCCUGCAGAAAAACGAUAUAUCUUCACAAGCUCUUCGAUUAACCUACCCAGUGAGGAUUUCUAAUGUGGCUUGAGAACCAUCUGGAUCCGGAGAGUCAACCCGUAUUCAGCCUGCUGUAAGUUACGACCUCUCAUCCUGCCACAUCGGAUCGUCACUGAGACAACUACCGUAAAAUAACCGCGGUUACUUGGUAUAAGUCAUCCAAUCUGGUGUAUCCUUCAGACAUCAUGCGCUCCGAACCAAGUCAUACUCCUCUGUGGUCACCACAAUGAUCCACAACCACUAUUCUGUCGUGCACCUUUAGGCUUUGUGUAAUCAACGUGUAUUCAUUCUUUAUAUCGGUGCAGAUUGCAAUACAUCCUACUUUUUAUUGG